AUCAGCUGUUUAUCGCUUAACCUCAAAUUGGCUUGCUCUUAUUUGUUGUCGCGCUCCUUUUGCAGCUGGCGUUUUAUUUAUAAACCAACUAUUAUGACCAACAACGAAGCAGAAGCAGCCGGCUCUAGCCGUUCCAGCGGCGGUGCCGCAGGAGGUAGCGCAUCCACAUCCUCAGCAGCCAAAAUCGAGAUCACUGAAAAAGUGCGCGUCCUUUGCUUGCACGGCUACCGGCAAGAUGCUGACUCGUUUAAAAAUAAACUUGGCUCAUUUCGCAAGUUUGCCGGCAAAUACGCAGACUUUGUGUUCAUCUCAGCGCCACAUGUGGCAGCCCCUCUCGAAGCCAAUGCUGCGCCUGUUGAGGAGCAGCGUAGUUGGUGGGCCAAUAAAGAUGAUGGCACGUUUAAGGGCACCAACAAGAGUGGACCCGCCAUUGGUUUCCAGGACAGUCUGCAUGUGGUGGAGCAGGCGUGGAAAACACAAGGUCCAUUCCAAGGACUCUUGGGUUUUUCACAGGGCGCUUGCUUUGUGGGCUUAAUCUGCGGACUGGCCAAGAAGAAGCUGACCUCCAUUCGACCUGAGUUCGCGGUGCUUAGCUCAGGUUUCAUAUCCGGUAGUCUAGUGCACAUGAGCGCAUAUGAGGAGCGCAUCACAAUUCCAACCCUGCACAUCUAUGGCUUAACAGAUGAGAUUAUACCUAAAGACAUGAGUGAAGCGCUGGCCGCGCAAUUCAAGAAUGUCGAGGUACUGGAGCACGAUGGUGGACACUACUUUCCAGCGAAGGCGCAACAGAAGCAAACGUACAUCAAUUUCUUCCAAGAUCGCCUGCAAGAGUAUCUGGAGCAUCUAGAGCUGCAGCAGAGCAGCAAUGCAUCGUUUAUCGACUCGGCGGAAGAGGAUGAUGGCGGUGUCACGGAUGCCAAUGAUGCUGAAGUGGCUGCGGUGACAGCAGCCGCAGGCUCCGGAAUGGAUGACAGUGAUUAAUUGGUAGACUGUGGUAGUUGUUCUUUUUUCGUUUUUAAUAAUAAUUAAAUCUUAUUAUUACAAUAAUAAUAAUAAUCAUAAUUUGAUUAUAAAUUAUAAUAAAUUUAAAUCCCAAUAUUUUAAAUAUUCACCGCGUUUUUUUCUUUUUGUUUUUUUAGUAUCAAUUACAAAUUGUUUGCUAUUGUUUGUUAUUAGAAGCUAUUUUGAAGUGUAACUUUUUUCCAUACAGAACUUUUCCAUUUUUUUGACUUAAACAAAUUCGUAGAAAUUUUAUAAUAAAAAAAUAAACAACCAAAAAUAGAGAGAAGAUGAUAAAUCCUAUUCCAAUUUACAAAAAUUUGUUUGCAUUAUGUUAAUUAAUUAAAUUGUUCCUUGCUAUAUAAUCAACGAAAAAAAAUGCAUAGAUAUUUUUUGUUAGCUUUUCAUGAUGUUUGCUUUUAUGUUUCUCUUGUGUUUGUAGUUGUUUGAUGUUUGUUUGUUGAUGUUUUUUGACCAGGCAGAGUAGAAACAUGUUUUGCAGCGUUUUUGACUUUGUUGUUUUUAGGGGAAAAAACAAGCGAGCGUUACGAUAGUAAAAAUUUGACUCUUUCAACAUUUUAAUUUUUAUCUCUCGCAUGCAGCAGUUGAUUGAUUGAUUGAAUUGUUUGCUGUUGCUGUUGAUCUUGUUUGUUGAAUGUUUCGCUUUUGAUAGUUUUGUUUAUGCGACUUGUUCUUGUCCAUUUGAGGCCUCUUGGUUCUUCAUCACUUCUGGUAAGUCCGGCGGUGCUGAGUAUGGUGUGAUAUCAA